GUAGUGAGACCGAAGGGGCGGGACCGGCAUGGCGGCCAAGAUUCUGAAGUAUGCAGCGCUUCCUGCUGCUGCCCUUGCAGUGGGUCUGGGCUCAUUCAGAAUUUAUUCCAUAAAUGAGAAAAUAAAUGAGGAGCUAAUAUCUCCAAGAGAGUUGUCUAUCUACUCCCCAGAUGGUCCUGCUGUGCAGUUUGUGGAGGAACAGCCUGGUCUAGUGCAGACAGGGCUGGGGGCCGUGAGGGUGGGCCUGCAGCCAUACGUCAGAGUUGUGCAGAGCAGCUUCACUUCAGUCAAACUUGGAGUGAUAUCUGUUUACCACGCAGGGCAAGACACAUAUCACUUCCUUCGAGAUCCACCCCAAGGCUUCCUGCCUAAAGUGGGUGUCAUUAGUGUGUCCGGAUUGGGUGGCCUGAUUCUGGCACGCAAGGGCUCUCGUUUAAAGAGGAUUGUUGUUCCUCUUGGUCUGGCUACCGCUGGUACUGCAGUAUGUUACCCCACACAGACUGUGGGAGUCCUGAAGAUUACUGGUAAAAAGGUGUAUGAUGUCAGUUCAUCUGUUGCUUCAAUAUUUAAAUCCAAACCAAAGGAAGAUGUCAUCAGACCUGUUGUUAGUGUGGAGUCUGCUGCCACGGAUACAAGCUCAGAUAUAGAAUCACCUGCCAAAGUACUUUCUGAACUGCCACCUGAGUCUGAGCGGGCCACUGCGGAUCCAGAUGAGGAUGUUACACCAAUACCACAAGUCGUCCCAUCAGUGGGUUUAGCUCCAGUAGCUGAUGUUGUGUCAGAAGAUGCUGUAGAACCUCCUCUUGUUGUUGAUGUAGCAUCUGGAAUUGCUGCCCCACAAUCUAAAUCUGAAUCCCGCCUUGCAACUGUUCUUGAAACUACUCUGGUUCCAGAAACUACCCCUGAGACGGUCCUAGAUGCAGAAUCCACCUCAGAACCCACUCCCACUCCUGAGCCAACACCUUCAGCUGAAACGGAUAUUACUUCUGUUGUGGAGUCUGAAAAUGUUCUGGAAGCUGCCCCCGCUGCUCCAGAAAUUGAAGUCCCUGCACCUACAGAGGCCACGCCCUCAACUACACCUAUAGUAGAGGAAACCACACCCCCUGAAGAUGCCAACCCAACCUCAGUAGAUGAGGAACCUGCAUCUGUUGCCCCGCCCCCUUCUGAAGAGGCCCCACCUUCAUCUGAACCUACUGUCUUUGAUCCAGCCACAGUGAAGUCACAUUUUGUCCCUGACCCAUCUCUGCUUGACCAUGGCCAGUCUAAUCCAGAGGAUGCAGACAUGUACAGCACACGGAGCUGAAUGACAGAAAUGGAAGAUAUGAUGAGAUGUUUUAAUGUGCCACGAUUCCAGCAGCGUUUGAUAGUUUUGUGAUUAGGAUAUUUAUGUUGUACCAAUGAUGUCGAAGAAGGUAAUGUUACACUUUUAUUUGUGUGCUGCCUCACACUUAUGAGAAGUUUCUUACCUCAGCAGGAUUAUCAAACACACACAAGGCCACAUUUCUUUAACACACGUUAUCUACAUUUUGUUUACGCUAUGGAGAAACAUCCAGGGCUGUGGUCCCUUAGUUUAAUCUCCAGAUUUAUUUCUGACCUCAAUUCCUGUAGCAUUAGGAAUUUUGUGCUUAUUUUAUACUGUGACCUGUGAAAACUGGACCACACAAAAAUUAAUUUUUAUAUGAUCAAAAAUUUUUGAUGUAUACAUGUAUUUUCUAAAAUGCAUUUUACAGGGGUUAAGAGUAAAUAUAUCAAGCCUUAUCUACACAGUAGUUAUACAGCAGUUAAAUCUUUUUGACCCAUUUUAAAAUAUUAGUUCACACUGCAUCUUUAGUUUCGAUAUGUUUCCAAUGCGACUGAUUGUCCAGCACUAUUUUGGACCGUAUUUCUCAAAAUGUACUAAUGGGUUUUUUGUUUAAAAGUUUAAUUUAUGCUGUCUUUAAAUGAAUCUUCAUUACCUGUGCAAUAGAAAAGAAUGAGAUGAAAAUAAACGUAUUUAAAAAUG